AUGGGCCAAACCCUUAAGAGCAAAGUCCCCAACCCCGACUCGGCACAGCAAGAUAACAACAACAAUAACAAUAACAACAACAAUAAUAAUAAUAUCAAUAACAUCAAUAACAUCAAUAGCAUCGAUAACAUUAAUAACAUUAAUAAUAUCAAUAAUAUCAAUAAUAAAAAUAAAAAUAAAAAAAACAUCAGCAGCACCAGCAAUACCAGUAACAGCACCAGUGCCCAAUGUUUACCCGCAUCUUCCUCAUCUGUUACUUCGGACCAACGGCCAGCAGAACUUCGCAAUACCUUCCCUCCUAGUAAAGUCACUAAAAGCUUGGCUGACUUACCCCCAGAAAUCAUAUGGAAUAUUUCUCAGUUCAUUGUUGAAAGCGAAUGUGGAGUUUACCACUCAGGAAUUAGACGGUUUGAUAUGAUCAAUCUUUCGUCCACAUGCCGGAAAUUUCGCUCCUUUUUAAGCCCAAUCAUUUGGAAUACUAUUAAAAUUGUCGAAGAACAUAACGUUGUUAAAAUCAUGGUUAGGUCAAAACCUUCAACUCCUAAAUGGUGGCUUGUAUCUGCUGAAACUAAUCAUACAAUUGAUGGAACUCCAACAUGCAAAAAAUUCCCCCUGUCUCUACUUCAAUACGCAUCAAAAGUCCUUUACUAUUCAGCAAAACGAAUCUCUCCAGAAAAAUAUGUUGAAAUGUCCUCUGAAAAAGCUGCUCUAUUAGACUCAGACCCUGAAAUUUCGGCUGUUUCUCUCAUACACCCAAAUGUCUUACCAUAUCUCAAAUGCAUUUAUUUUUCCGGUUCUUUCUGGACCCCUGAACGGUGCAAUCAGGCAGCCCGGUGCAUUGCCAAUUACAAUACCCGGAAACUAAAGGUUAUUUUUUUUCACAUUGGUGGUAUCUCACUUGCUCUUGAUCUUUACCCACCUCUCAAUCUACUCCACUACAUUUAUUCCGCAAACUUUCGCAUUCAAUCUCACGAAAUUGAACUCAUCAAUAAAAUCCUCCCACAUCUCUCACAAACUCACAUUCUUGAAAUUGAAACUGCCCCACAUUUCGAUCAACUUCAGCUUGUAAACUCUAGUGUCGUUGGAAAUCGCUCUCUUGUUCAGCCUAGCUCAAGGUUCUUGACCGCUGUCAGUAAAAUGCCCCAACUCACUGAACUUAUUCUUCAUGAGUCUUCUCUAAACGCAAUUGCACUCUCUGCUAUCGAUGGCUCUUGGCUCCCACCGAGUUUGAAAAAACUACAAUGUGUGACGGGACAUUUUGUUAAUACAGACCCAGCAAUGGCCCGCAAUUACUAUAAUCAAAUCAAAGAUCUUGUUUUUGCGUUUGGUCCUCAGUCAUUAGGAUUCGUGGCAUUUCCAUUUUCCAGUUUGGUCUAUUUGGAGUUAACUGAUGAUUGGAGCCGUCUUACCUAUCAGGCUGAUAUGAUUCGACAAGCAAUUUAUAAUAAUAGGCGGUCUCUUAAAACUGUGGUUUGCUUUUCUUUAGAUAUGCCUGAGAUUUUAUUUAUUGCACGAAAUCUUUUCAAUCUCGAAGUAUUAAAGGUUUUCCGGUUUAAGGAAAGUUGGAAUGCGCCUAAGGAAACUAUUGCGACAUUAUUUGAAGAGUUUAUCAAGUACAAUGGCCGACCAGAGGAAAAGAGCCCAAUUCUCAAACCUGAAACAUAUGAGUCUAAACCCCCCAUUAAACCUUCAAAUUUUUAUCACAUCUCACCAUCAUAUGUUUCUUCUUCUUCUUCUUCAUCCUCUUCAUCCUCUUCAUCCCCUUAUUCUUCUACUACCUCUUCUUCUACUUCUUCUUCGGCUAAUACUAUCAAUACUGCUGCUACAGUUCAUGGCACCCGAUUGCUUUACCCAAUAAAAAAUAUUCCUUCCACUACCUCCUCUUUUUACAAGGAUCCAAAAUGGGAAGAGCCAGAAGAGUACAAUGGCCCGCCUCCUAAGGGUUUGUUGAAAAGUUUGACGCUCCCGGUUCAGCUAAAGUCAAUAUCAUAUUCAGCAUUAGAAAGAUUUGUUCUUCACUUUACCAAUCUUAAAUCUCUUGUUUUCUAUUAUUACUACCCCAUUCUGUAUACUUCGACAUCGUCCAAUAUGAGGUUUAAUAACAUAUGGGCUAGAAUCCAAGACCUCUUGUCAGACCCCCCAAAGGUUGAACCUGAAGGCUUUCAAGGGUCUAGUUAUGGAACAGGUCAUGGAUUAAAUAUGGGCUCAGACAAUAAUUAUGGUCGGGAAAAUAACCCCCCACCUAGAAAUGAGACGCCAAUGACGGAAGAGCAGAUUGCAGAAGCUAAACGAAUGUUUGGCAAAGUUUUGAGAUAUUGCCCUGGAUCUUAUCCAGAAAUUAAUAAAUUUGACGAUAAGAUGUUACAUUUUUACAUUUGGCUUGAUUUGAUUCGUGAAUAUCCAUUUAUGUCAAAUAAUGAGAUUCGUGAGGCAAACCCAAAUACGGUCUCAAUAGAUGAUGAGGACGAUAGUAUCUACAAGCGAGUUAUUUCUCGAAAUCCUCUUCCAGAGUAUCGAUCUACAAGUCGCUGGACGACAGAUCGCUCUCCCGUUGAUUUAGUUAAAAAAAGUAUGGAGGAGUUUUCUUCUAGAGGUUCUGCCAUGUCAUCAUUAUCAACUUCAUCAACUUCAUCAACUUCUUCUUUUUCUUCUGAAGCCAACACCAGUGCAAAUGAUGGCACGAGUCAAAGUCAGCCGUAUUCGUUUUCUUCAGUCUCUUCAUCUUCGACCAGUACUAUUCCUCGGUCAAUGCAUUCAAUUUCGUCAUUAAUUUCAGGACCAUUACCUAAAACUUUGCCAAAAAUGCCUUCAGCAUUAGCAUCUGCAUCUGCAUCUGCAUCAGCAUCAACAUCAACAUCAACAUCAACAUCUGCAUCAGCAUCAGCAUCAGCAUCAGCACUACCAUCAGCACCAACAUCUGCAUCAGCAUUAACUUCUUUCUCAGCAGACUCUUACAGCACGAAUAAUUUUAAUGAUGCAGCUUCAUCGUUGAAUUUGAUAGCAGCAACUGAAGUUGCUGCAUCAUCAGCUGCUUUGUCAGAUACUUUUGUUUUAAGCGCUGUUUCGGAAUUGCCACUGCCAUCACGGCCAGAAUCUGACGACAACAACAACAACAACAACAACAACAACAACAACAAUAACAAUAACAAUAACAAUAAUGAUAAUGAUAAUAAUAAUGAUAAUAAUAGCGGUUUAUCUCUUAGAAGUGCAUCUUCUAGCCGCAGUUUCAUGUCGAUACCAUCCUUAAUUAACUCCACGGUUGUUGAAAAUAUGCCUGCAUCAUCAUCAUCUUCAUUGAAUAAUGAGUCUGCAGAAGAGGCAAACCUGUCUACUUAUCAUGAUAAUCCAAAUGAUAAUAUCCAAUCUUAA